AUGAAGCCACUGGUUGUCCCCAUCCACGGCAAUGCAACAUGCCUGCCCAGGGCCGAUCUUGUCUCUAUUUUCAGCAUCGACCCGUCGCUCUUUGCUCCAACCGCCUCCGCUUCUGCCAGCCUGGCGUGCCAAACCCGGCCAAAUCUCCUUCAGGGUCUUCCAAGCACGUCUCCACCGUCCCCCGGGCCCCUCCCAGCAUUCGUCAUUCUUCCCGGCCCCGUCCAAGAAUCCGGAUUCCACAACUUUUUCCAGAACUCGGCAUUCGUCGUCGCACCACGCAUGCCCUACCGUACGCAGUAUGCUAAUAUGGAUGCCGACAACAACCCUAGAUACGGCCUGCAGGAUGACGAUGUUAAGAAUACCGUUCAGACUGCGCCCGAAGCAUCUCGAACUGUCAGCGACAGCUCUGCUUCAACCCUUUUGUUGGCAUGCAGCUGA